AACUUAAUAAUAAACAAACCCACCACCCCAAAGUCAUCCCCAUUAAAAUCCCUUUUAGGUUUUUGUUCUUUCCCCCAAAGGUCUGCUAAAUUAUUCUCAUCUUAUAUGCUUUUUUUAGUUUUCUAAUUUUAAUUUGAUAAUCAUAUAUAUUUUCAACAACUUUCUUCUUUCCAAAUGAUACUAUAAACUUUAGAAUUUGAAAGGGCCAAGAAGGCAACACAACAAACAGUACUAAAGUUUGGAAAAAGGAAAAGGCAAUUCUCUUCCCCCCCACCAUCAUCUAUCUCUUCCCCUUUAAUCAUUUCAUUCUAUUCUUUUUUUCAAAAUCUCUUUUUUAGACCAUACCCAUGGAGUCUGCUAAUCUCCAACAUCAACUUCAAGAAUUAUUUGUUGGAUAUUCUUCUUUGGUAUCAGCUCCAAGAACACCUCCCAUCGCCACUCACGAAUGUAGCAGCCCCAACAUCCUUUUGGAAGGAAAUUCCUACAAUAACCCUUAUUUAGUGGAACAAAGCUUACAAUGUUCAUCAAGAGAGAAUGAGAAUGAUCAGAAUGUAUGGUUCAAUUUCUCGUCAACUUACCAACAACAACAACAACCCAAUGAACAGCAGCAGCUUUCAGCUCUUUAUUCUUCUAUUCAAUCUCCAGCAAGUUAUGGAGUUUUACAAGGGAUAUCAGCUGGAUCCAACACCAAUUAUUACAAUAAUAAUCUUUUUUCGAGUAGUUUAAGGAACAACAACAACAAUAAUCAUAAUAGUAGCAGUACUUCAACGUUGGAUUUGUUGUCUUCAUCAUCAUUUUCAAGUACCCUGGGCUACAAUUUACAUGCUGUUGAUCGUCACCAUCAUCUGGAUUUUCUCUCAACCCCAAAUUAUAAUUCAAGUGCUUUUAACAAAAAUAGAGCUCUAUUUGGUUAUGCUCAUCCGCAACAGCAGCAUCAUCACCAUCAAGUUCAAGAUUCAAUUAAUAAUAACAACAGCCCAUCAAACAGCUCCAAUAAAACUUCAUCAUCAAGUGUUGCUAGAGCAAAGAGGCCAAUGAACAGCAUGUCUGAGCCUAAAAAGUCCAAUAAUCCAGAAUCAAAGAAAUCUUGUUCCACCUCAAGAUCUUCUUGCCCACCAUUAAAGGUGAGAAAAGAGAAAUUGGGAGACAGGAUUUCAGCACUUCAAAGGCUGGUAGCACCUUUUGGUAAGACUGAUACUUCCUCAGUUCUAACUGAAGCAAUUGGCUACAUUCAGUUUCUUCAUGAUCAAGUUGAGACUUUAAGCAUGCCAUAUUUGGGGUCUUCUCAGAGCAAACCCUACCAAAAACAGCAGCCUGGUUCGAUCCAAGAGGAAGGAACAAAACCAAGGCAAGAUCUUAGAAGCAGAGGGCUAUGCCUUAUGCCACUUUCCUGCGCUUCAUUCAUUCAUGGUUAUGAUUAAGAGAGAGAAACAAAACCAAAGAUUACAAAGAUUUUCGUCAAAGAAAGGGAAAAAAAACUGCUCAGCCAAAAAAAGGGCAUAUUCUUGAUGUUGUUUAUUGGGGUUUUCUUGUUGGCUGUUUGCUGUUUGUUGUAUAGCUGUUCUUCCAGUUCAGUUUAAAGAGAAGAAA